UGCAUAUUACUAUUCGUUUCUGUUCCGAAGGCUGUGGGCAGUGGCGAACGGUGGUGAAUAGGUUGGUUAAUAUUUUAUGUAGGGUUAUGGCGGUUACGACAGUUGUGGUGCAUAAUAUGAAUAUAUGAAUAUCCAUUCCUCGGGGAAAAAGUGUGUAAGUUAUGAAGUCUCCCAAUUCCAAUCAUACUCUAACCAGACACACACAUAAUAGUACGUCAUUCGGCAGUGAGGAAAUAUUAACGGAAUUGCCCAUAGAUCAUCAGAAACGAAGAUACCCAUUUUCGAUUGUGUGGACACCCAUUCCACUUCUAACAUGGCUGUUUCCAUUUAUUGGCCACAUGGGAAUUGCCAUGUCAUCAGGCAUAAUACGAGAUUUUGCGGGUCCGUACUUUGUGUCUGAAGAUAACAUGGCAUUUGGAUGCCCAACAAAGUAUUGGCAAUUACGACCCCACCUUGCAAGAGGGGGCCAGAAUGGAUGGGAUCAUGCUGUUACUCAGGCUUCAGAAGAGUACAAAACAAGGAUGCAUAACUUGUGUUGUGACAACUGCCACUCGCAUGUUGCCAUGGCCCUGAACCUGAUGCAGUAUGAUGGAAGCACCAAAUGGAACAUGGUGAAAUUGGCAAUCCUGAUGCUGGCUAAAGGUAGAUAUGUGAGUGUUGCAGGUUUUCUGAAGACCUGGGUGCCAUUCAUUUUAGUGGUCUCCACUACAGCAGUUAUUUACACAUUGCUUUGAAAUCUUUCAUUAAUUUUAAAUAAAUAAUUGAAUGUGUAUGCUUAAUGUAAUAGUUACAUAUUACAUUAAGCAUUAUUUCUGUGGCAUGAUAUUAAUAUACUUUAUAACGACAGUCUGUCAACAUGCAUUUCAUGAAAUAUUAUUCUGUCCAUUGUGUGCUUCAACACUAGUGGUCAUUGACAGAAGGUGGUUGAGUCGACUGAUCUAGUCUGACAGCUGUUAGUAGCCUCCUGAGUGUUGAUCAGUUGUAGUUGUAAAAUACGAGGGUAAGUCAGAAAUUAUCCACACUUUCUCCAUAACACAUCUUUAGGUUUGUCACACUGCCUCCUACGCA